CAGCAGCAGCAGCAGCAGCAGCACCAUGCGAGCUCUGCCGAUCAGCGCGAGCCUCGGUUGUUCGAAGACAGGGACUACACUCACUUCGGACGUCAGUCACAGACAUUCAUGCACGCGAACACAUAGCAACGGGGCAGGCAUGCUCGCCGUUGCAAGGCAUGAGCCCCUCUGACGUUUGUCAUGUCUCACGCGUUGCUAGCCGCACAAUUCACAUCUGUCCGCGUCGGCAUGACUGAGUCACACAUGCGAGAUGCCACAGUAAUGUAUGGACUAAACAUUCGCCAGGUCCUACCAGAUGUGAGCCUACUGAGAAAGUUCGUACAGCGUGAUCGUGACUAUCCAUCAUGUCCUGCGCUCCAUAUGCGCCUGAGCGGAGCUUGCUCCUCGCAUCAAAGUGGUACUGUACUGAUCAUCAUGCAUGCAAGCUUAAGUGGCGAAAAAGCCACCACAGUGGAUCAAUAGGACGGGAUGCGCAGCUGUGUGAGCUCCACCACUUCUCACAGUACAGCUCUAUUCUGCAAGUAAUGUCCAAAGCAUAGCUGUACAUC